GCAACUGUGGGUUCCACCAACCUUCUGCAGAUGAUGUACCAGGAGCCAGCCCGGUGGUCAUACACCUUCCAGACCUUCUCCUUCAUGAGCCGGAUGAAGGCGAUGCUGGAGACGCUGGAUGGGCCUGGGACCCCCUGCCCUGUGCAGGUCUUUGAGCGCUCCAUCUACAGUGACAGGUACGUCUUUGCCAAGAACCUCUCAGAGGCCGGGCACCUGCAGCCGCUGGAAUGGGCCAUUUACCAGGACUGGCACAGCUUCCUGCUGCAGCAGCUCGGGACCCGCGUCGUGCUCCAUGGGCUGCUGUACCUGUGGGCGACGCCGCAGACGUGCCUGGAGCGGCUGCGGCGCCGGGCGAGGAGUGAGGAGCAGGGCAUCCAGCUGGAAUACCUGCAGCAGCUCCAUGCCCAGCACGAGCAGUGGCUGGUGGAGAAGAGCACAGAGGUCCACUCUGCGGACAUGAAGCACGCGCCCGUCCUGGUGCUGGAUGUGGAGAAGGACUUUGAGCACGAUGUGGCUGCACAGGGCGGCCUCAUGGCGCAG